UAUCCGCCAUAUUCACAAUGAUCAACAGCAUGACAUUUUGACAUCCUACAAGUGAAGGUAACGUAGCAUAGCCAGAUCAGCUAAGUCAAGUAACCCAGGUUGUGUGAGCUCCUAGUCUGAGGACUUUUUUUGCAUUGACGCCUUAAAUCGGGUUUGUUUACAAACGUCUUGGCGGGGCAGCAAUGUUAACAAUACUGUAUUAGCUUGAUCAGGUUCACUCAAGGCCAGCGUCUACACGUUACCUUGGGUAAUAUUAGCUAGCUCAUGUUAUACCGGCAUCUUGACAUCCACGUAUACCAUAUUUGCGAGCGUAAAUUGCUUUCUUUCCGAUGUGAUGCGCUAUUGAAUCUAUUUCGAGAUUGGUUGAUUUGCGCUGAGCAACUCUACUCAUGGUAUGCAAUAGAUUUCUGUGCUAGAGAUCGGUUUCUUGUUUGGUGGUAGGCAUUAGAGCUAUCAAGAAUGUAUAAGUAGCUAGCAGUAUGCUCACAGUAAGGGCUGUGGUAUGCUCACGCAUCCACCCCUUGGUAGCCGGUUGUCUAACCAUAGGCAGACGGGAAGUUGGCUCUUACAAAACGUGAGGUGUUGAAGGCUUCAGGACAAUCAGUAAUGGACGCCAUCAUCCGCUGCCCAUUCCUCUCCCGCGUCCCUCAAGCCUUCCUGCAGCAGACCCGCAAGACCCUGGUGGGCUAUGCCGUCAAGUGUCCCGUCAUGAUGGACCUGGCCUCCAGGCCUCUGGUGCGGGCCGUCUCCUCAUCCGCCUCCAGCUUCCAGAAGACAGACGAGGUCAUCACGCCCAGCGAGGCACCCAAAGAGACGGCCCAGUUGCCCCCUGGCCACCCCAAGCCCCCGGCGGGGCAGACGGCCGCCUCCAAGUGCCCCUUCCUGGCUGCUGAGAUGGGGCAGAAGAACAGCAGCGUGGUGCGGCAGGCCAGCAUGGAGCUGCAGGAGGAUGUCUCGGAGGUCCGCACCGUCCGCAAAGACGUGUCUCCGUCUGAGUUGGACCCACUGGUGAAGAACACCAAGGCCUCUGGGAACCUCAUGAAGAAGCUGAUGAAGCAGAGGCCCACCAGAGUCUCUCAUCUGCUGCAGGAGAACAUGCCCAAAACGGUUUCCAACUUCCAUUAUGACAAGUUCUUUGAGAAGAAGAUCGAGGACAAGAAGGCGGACCACACCUAUCGCGUCUUCAAAACGGUGAACCGGCGCGCCACCGACUUCCCCAUGGCCGACGACUACUCGCAGCAGGCCAGCGACCGGCGAGACGUCUCCGUCUGGUGCAGCAACGACUACCUGGGCAUGAGCCGCCACCCGCGCAUCGUACAGGCCAUCAUGGACACGUUACGAAAGCAUGGCUCCGGUGCGGGAGGGACUCGAAACAUAUCGGGGACGAGCAAGUUCCACGUGGACCUGGAGCACGAGCUGGCCGACCUGCACGGGAAGGACGCCGCGCUACUAUUCACUUCCUGUUUCGUGGCCAACGACUCCACCCUCUUCACGCUGGCCAAGAUGCUGCCAGGGUGUGAGAUCUACUCGGAUGCGGGUAACCACGCCUCCAUGAUCCAGGGCAUCAGGAACAGCGGCGCCAAGAAGUUUGUGUUCCGCCACAACGAUGUGGAACACCUGCGAGAGCUGCUGGCGAAGUCCGACCCCUCCACACCAAAGAUCGUCGCCUUCGAGACCGUCCACUCCAUGGAUGGUGCUGUGUGUCCCCUGGAGGAGAUGUGUGACGUGGCCCAUGAGUUCGGUGCCAUCACCUUUGUGGACGAGGUGCACGCCGUGGGGCUGUACGGUGCCCGAGGAGGGGGUAUUGGGGACCGGGACGGAGUCAUGCACAAAAUGGACAUCAUCUCUGGAACACUCGGCAAGGCCUUUGGCUGCGUGGGCGGCUACGUGGCCAGCACGGACGCGCUGAUCGACACGGUGCGCUCGUACGCGGCCGGCUUUAUCUUCACCACCUCUCUGCCGCCCAUGCUGCUGGCGGGCGCGCGCCAGUCCAUCCAGACGCUGAAGAGCGAGGAGGGCCGCGCGCUCCGCCGCAAUCACCAGCGCAACGUCAAGCUGCUGCGCCAGAUGCUCAUGGACUCGGGCCUGCCCGUGGUGCACUGCCCCAGCCACAUCAUUCCAGUCCGGGUGUCGGACGCCGAGAAGAACACGGAGGUGUGUGACAUCAUGAUGAGUCGCUAUAACAUCUACGUCCAGGCCAUAAACUACCCCACUGUCGCCCGCGGCCACGAGCUGCUGCGCAUCGCGCCAACACCACAUCAUACUCCCGAGAUGAUGCAAUACUUUGUCGAGAAGCUAGUGACGACCUGGGAGGAGGUGGGUCUGGAGCUGAAGCCUCACCCCUCUGCCGAGUGCAACUUCUGCCAGAAGCCGCUGCACUUCGAGGUGAUGAGCGAACGCGAGAAGUCUUACUUUAGUGGCCUCAGCCACCCUGUAUCGGCCUGCGGCUGAGCGGAACAAGAAUAAGUUGGAACCCACCCAGACCCAUUCCUGCCCCCCCCAUUGUGUCACGAACUGUACCACUUGUCCUCUCUCUUUUUUUUUUAAAUGUUAUAACUUAUUCUGAUUCCAUAAACCACUCUGAAAAGAAAAUAAAUGUGCAACAAAAAAAGA